AUGUUUCAAUGUGGGGCCGAUCUUCGGUCCACAAUCCCGCCUUCUUUCGCACCUACAUUUAUCCGAAUAUCGCGACUUUUCUGCAUCGCCUGUUCUGGGACAGCUAUUGACGACGGCCAUUGGCGGUUUAGCUAUAUCGACAAGAUGGCCGCCUCGCUCAGAAUUGGCAGCUCGAUGCUGUCGAGGGUAGCUACACCUUCAACAUGCCUCGCCAAGAGGACAUUCACAACCUCACUCGCCUUCCGAGCAGGUCCCAAGAUUCCCACCGGUGACGAGGCACCUCCAGCUGUUGCUCCUCUAGCUCGAUCGAACCCUCUCAUUGGCAGUCUUCCUCCUUCACCACCUCCCGCCGGCUCUGUCGCCGAAUCAUCCACCGAAUCAAAGCCCAAGCACGCCUACGAUGCUUCGAAACCCUUCAGUUUGGACAUUGCAUCCAUCAUUGCCAACAAAUCCAGCGCAUAUGGCGCUGAAAUUGACUCAGACCCAAUUGCUCGACCUCAAAUCCGCGCUAAGCCCGUCACUGGCCGUACGGUCUUCAUCAAGGACCGAGUAACCAAGACAACUGGUCCCACACCCAUGGUAGCUCUUCGAGUUCUCAACAGAAUCAUCCGAGAGGACCAGGUCAAGAACAAAUUCCACAGCCAAAAGUUCCACGAGCGAAAGGGUCUCAAGAAGAAGAGACUAAGGAGUCAGCGAUGGCGAUCACGAUUCAAGCAUGGUUUCAAGGCGACUGUCAGCAGAGUUAUGGAGCUCAAGAAGCAGGGCUGGUAGAGUGUAAAAGCACGGUGUACAUUAUAUGAGAGCAUGUAAACUAUGAUUAAGGAAAAUUCAUUAUCGUGACUACAUAUAUUCGUCAUCAUCCCAAUCCUUGGUCGGACUUGGCAGAGGGCUGGCCUUGAUCUUGGGUCGUGAUCUGAAGACUGCCUCCAUAUCCUCUUGAGCCAUGAGUUCAUCAGUGAUGAUGGUCAUGUCUUCCUCUUCCACCUUGGGAAAGUAACUUCCCUCCUUCUUAGGGGGCGCCUUGGUCUUCCGCAGGGAGCGUCGCCUGUCCAACUGGGCCUUUUGUCUCGCCUUAUCGAAACCAGCCAUGCUCUUCCGGGU